GACUUCUGGUUCAGCAUUUCUGAGGAAGUCGGAAGUUUCCCCUGCGCCGAACCUUGAGCUGCAUUGUGAGGAGAGCACGGAUUGUUCUGGCAGCCGCAGCAUGGUGAGCGAGGGGUUGCGCUUCACAAACGGGGAGGAGCGGUGGACCACGAAUGCAGUGACCUAUGAUGAUGUGUAUGUUGACUUCACUUGGGAAGAGUGGUCUUUGCUGGAUCCUUCCCAGAAGAGUCUCUACAGAGAUGUGAUGCUGGAGACCUACAGGAACCUCACUGCUAUAGGCUGCAAAUGGGAAGAUCAUAAUUUUGAAGAACGUUGUCAAAGUUCUAGAAGACAUGGAAGGUAUAUCCUAUGUCACGCCGGAUACAAGCCAUAUAAACAUAGGGAUAUCAAAAGAAGCAACAUACCCCUCUCCCUCUCAGAUCAAUUAGAAGAUAUAUAUUAGUCCCCACUUUGAAUGAACUUCUUCAGUAGGUUUCAAGUUUACAAGUAAAUGUUUUUACUUCUUUGAAAAUUCAGCAACAAACUCAUACUGCAGAAAAGCCCUGAAUGAAAGAAGCCAUACUGGAGAGAAACCUUCUGAAUAUACUCAAAGUGUUGAAGCUUAUUCUUAUAAUAAUCAACUUCAAAGGCAUGAAAGAAUCCAUACUGGAGAAAAACGCUAU